AUGGAGCACUACACGCUUGGUAUUGAUAGGUUGAGCUCGUACAACACGAUCGAUGCGACUACCGGUGCUACGUAUCUGGCCCAUCAUUAUCCAACGCCAGAUACAUCGCUGUGUCGAAGCAGCUACAGCGCAUCGUCACCCGGAACAAGUCCUACGGCGUCUGGCCCAGAUCUAAGCCACACCAACUUUGGACUGUCCUUCGCAGAUGUUAUGUUCGAUGGCGAAUCGUUUGUGCAAAUAAACUCGUCUGAUCUUCAAAUCUUUGGUUCCGGUGCAGCCCUUCACAACGCAACAGUGGAAACGGCGGACUUCUCCAAACAAAAUUUGCCCACCUCUCUCUACUCAACGCCAGUGCCAAAUUGUGGAAAGGAGGCCAACUCUUGCUCCACACCAACAUCUCCCCCCGUUAGCUGCAAUACAAAUUCACGACGGCUGUAUAAAUCACGCAAAUCCAUCUCAUCGAUGGUUGGCAAGGAUCGCAAGAAGGAUUGUACUCCGCCAAGUCCAACUGUACUUAAAAAGCGACGGCUGGCUGCGAAUGCUCGCGAACGGAAGCGUAUGAACAGCCUGAAUGUAGCGUUUGAUCGGCUGCGGGAAAUCGUACCCUCACUCGGACCGGAUCAUAAGCUGUCCAAGUUUGAAACACUUCAAAUGGCACAAACGUACAUCAAUGCGCUGAGUGAUCUGCUGGAACGUGGCGCCGAUGCGACAACAUACAGUCUCUUCGAUAGUCUCGACUCGGGUGUUAACGAUACGAACAAUAACAGUAGCAGUGAAAAUGGCCACCGGAACGAUAGUAAUGCGAACGAGAUACUGUUGAGAGACGAAGAAUCUUUGGACGAUCGAUUCAUGGACAUUGGAUAUGCGUAACUGUCGGUUG